CCCCCGGGCUGGCUGGGAAGGAGCGGGACGGCGGGCGGCUUGCUCCGGGAAGCAGGGGUGGGGGGGACCCCGUUUUCCGCCUCCUCUGCGGGACAUCGGAAGGUGGUGAUGAGGUCCUGAAGCUGCAGCAUCCCCCCCUGAAUCAAGAUGACGACAGCCACACCACCCAUCUCUAACACUCACUUCUCAGUAAACGUGACCACAGAGUCUCAAGAAGAAAGUCUCUAUCAAAGUUCUGGAGCAAUAGUUGCUGCCAUUGUAGUUGGAGUCAUUAUUAUUUUUACAGUGGUUCUGCUUGCAUUGAAGACAUAUAACAGACACAUGAGAGUGAAGAGGGAGCUGGAACCCAAAGCCACCAAACCAGCAAUGCCUCCUGCUCUGGGACAGAACAGCACCAGCCUGUCCCAGCAUCCCACAGUGACUUUCAUCCCUGUGGAUAUCCACAUGCAGAACAGAUAACUGGGAACACCCACCCUCCCUGUGGAAUUCUUAUUUACCAUGGGAGACCUCAGUAAAGUGAUGCUGCAGGUGGAGCAGUGAUGAUGUCUGUAGAUGGUUAAUUCCCACCUACCAUCCUGCUUUCCCUCUUUGGGAAGAAAAAUAAAAGGUCUGGGCAGUUGUCAGAUGACUGAAGGAAGCAUACAAAUCAUCAGAAGCCUCUUACAGAGCUUGGGGUGUGGAGAGACCAAAUAAAUCAAGGUUGGAAGAAAAGAUGCAUGCUCAGAUUUUGUGGAGCUUUUGCUGACUCUGACAGUUUGGGCUUUUUCUGGUUGACAAUGACUGAUGAGAAACUGGAAGAAAAAUUGGGACUUGCAAGCUGCAGCUCAGGCUGAACCUGAGUUUGUUGUGAGUGAUGUGAAACAGGUUUGUACUCCUUUUUCUACAUGAUGGAUAGUACAGGAAGUAUCAAAACUGUAUUUAUCUUUACCCAACUUUUGUGUUUCUAAUGCCACACACGUAUCUUUGGAGAUAAAAAAAAGUUCCUUUUUAUUUUCAAGUAUUUUAAAAAUCCCUCUAUAAACUUGCUAACCUGUCCACUUCCAAAUGAACUCAGUAUCUGAGGGUUUUCACUCUCAUCUCAAGAAGGGCUUUAGGUUCAUUACUGGGGUUGUGUUGGAAUGCCUCAUCCUACACAAAACCUGUGAAAUUCUUUAAUUGAAAAACAGAGCAUCCAAAGGGACUGUAAAGCUUUAGAGAGCCACUUUUGUGCUUUUCACAUCCUGAAAUGCUUUGUUCUCUAAUGCUUCAAGUAUUUUUAGAGGGUUUUUCAUUCUAGAAAGUAACUAAAAGUGAUGUUGUAUUGCAAGCCUGAUGCUGGUGGGUGUACAGUAAUGCAACAAAGAAAUUCCCAAGGGUAUUCACAGCCCACUGGGAGCAAACCCACAGCAGCAGUGUCUGGCAUCCAGCAGCAGAUUGUCUCAAGCAUGUGAAUCAAAGCAGCCCUGAUAGGGAAGCACAGAUAACGAAGAAGAAACCGAGGAGUUAAACUCUUGUUUUUACUACCUGAGCAUCUGGGAAGCAGCUCCACUCUUUCCCACACACGUCUGGAAUUCUUUGGAAGCACUCACAUGGAUGGCUGGGCAGAGCCCUCUGGAUUAGUUGUGUCCCGGGUGUCUGCUCUGAGGCACUGCCAGGACAUCAGAGGGCUCCAUCAUCA